AUGGUUCAGAUCAAGACCCCAUCCGUCUCUAUGCUUCUCGCAAGUUUGACCGCUAUGGGCGCCGCUAUCGGUUGCUCCGCGGCAACUGUAACCAACAGCCUCUUGCUUGCCGAAGUAGCCAACCAGCUAUCUAUCCCAGCAUCGACAUGGUCCGCCAACGGCACGCACACAGCGAAGGGGUACACCAGCAAGUCCGCCGAAACAGCCUAUAUCGAUGGCCUGAAGCAAGACUGCGAUAACAUCAAUCUGAACAAGAAGCUUGCCACCGACUUCCGCAGCGACGUCCUCGGUGCGGGCGUGAUCGGAUUCUUUUAUAAGUGCGAGAAGAUCAGUGACGAUACGAACAAGUACUGGUUCACUAUCAGUGCUGGAGACAAGGCUCAGAUUGAUCAGCUUUGCGAUCAGGAUACUACCUAUCCCAUUGUCUAUGAUCAACAGCACAAUACUUGGUUUAUUGAUGAGCCUUUUGAUUGCACUCGUCGUACCAACCCCACAGACUUUUUCUAG